AUGGACCCGGGCCCGGGGGACGCGGCAGGAGAGGGGCCGCCCGCUUCCCGGCCCCGCCGCCGCCGCCGCCGCUCCCUGCGCCGCCUGCUCGGCCGCUUCCUGCCGGCGCUGGGCAGCCGCUCCCGCCCUGGGGACUCGCCGGCCCGGCCCCAGCACCAGCCCCAGCCCCAGCCCCGGCCUCAGCCGCAGCCCGGACACUGCGAUGGCGACGGCGAGGGGGGCUUUGCCUGCGCCCUGGGCCCGGCUCCAGCGGCCCCCGGGAGCCCCAGGGAGGAGCGGCCGUGCGGACCCCAGCCCCAGCUCCCUGCCGGGGACGGGGCGCGGCCGCCGGGCGCGCAGGGCUUGAAGAACCACGGCAACACCUGUUUCAUGAACGCCGUGGUGCAGUGUCUCAGCAACACCGACCUGCUGGCCGAGUUCCUGGCGCUGGGGCGCUACCGGGCGGCGCCGGGCCGCGCCGAGGUCACCGAGCAGCUGGCGGCGCUGGUGCGCGCGCUCUGGACGCGCGAAUACACGCCCCAACUUUCCGCCGAGUUCAAGAAUGCUGUUUCCAAGCAUGGCUCUCAGUUCCAAGGCAAUGCCCAGCAUGAUGCCCUAGAAUUCCUGCUUUGGUUGCUGGAUCGCGUGCAUGAGGAUUUGGAGGGCUCAUCCCGAGGGCCGAUAUCUGAGAAGCUUCUGCCUGAAGCCAGUAGCACCUCUGAGAACCUCCUGUCGCCGUCAGCUCAGGUUUCUCUAGGUCAAAGCUUUGUGCAAAGCCACUUUCAAGCACAAUUUAGAUCUUCCUUGACUUGUCCCCACUGCCUGAAACAGAGCAACACCUUUGAUCCUUUCCUGUGUGUGUCCCUACCCAUCCCCUUGCGCCAGACGAGAUUCUUGAGCGUGACCUUGGCCUUCUCCUCUAGGAGUCAGCGGUUCCUGCGGGUUGGCCUGGCCGUGCCGAUCUUCAGCACAGUGGCAGCCCUGAGAAAGAUGGUUGCAGAGGAAGGAGGCAUCCCUGCAGAUGAGAUGAUCUUGGUUGAACUGCAUCCCAAUGGAUUCCAGCGUUCUUUCUUUGAUGAGGAGGACCUGAAUACCAUUGCAGAUGGAGAUAAUGUGUAUGCCUUCCAAGUCCCUCCGUCACCUGGCCAGGGAACGCUUCCAGUUCCUCCGUCGGGUCUGUCGGUCUCCCCAUGCUUGGCAGCCCGGGAGGGUCAGCGACUCUCCCCGCCUCUCCACAGUGAGGACACGGUGCCAAUCCUCUUCUGUAACUUGGUGGGGGCAGGGCAGCAGGCUAGCAGGUUUGGACCUCCUUUCCUAAUAAGGGAAGACAGGACCAUUUCCUGGGCCCAGCUCCAGCAGUGUAUUCUCAGUAAGGUCAGCUAUCUCAUGAAGAGUGAGGCUCCUGGACAGAAUCUGAGGUCUCUGUUCUCCAUCCGGGUUGUGGGGCUCUCCCAGGCCUGCAGUUACUUAUCCCCACGGGACAAUCGGCCUCUCUGUCACUGGGCAGUUGACAGGGCUCUGCGCCUCAGGAGGCCGGGAGGCCCCCCACAUGUCAAGCUGGCUGUGGAGUGGGAUAGUUCUGCCAAGGAGCGCCUGUUCGGGAGCCUCCAGGAGGAGCGGGUCCAGGAUGCCGACAGCGUGUGGCAGCAGCAGCAGGCUCAGCAGCAGCACAGCUGUACCUUGGAUGAGUGUUUUCAGUUCUACACCAAAGAGGAGCAGCUGGCCCAGGAUGAUGCGUGGAAAUGCCCCCAUUGCAAAGUCCUCCAGCAGGGCAUGGUGAAGCUGAGUUUGUGGACCCUGCCUGACAUCCUCAUCAUCCACCUCAAAAGGUUCUGCCAAGUGGGCGAGAGAAGGAACAAGCUCUCUACACUGGUGAAGUUUCCACUCUCCGGACUUGACAUGGCCCCCCACGUGGCCCAGAGAAGCCCCAGCCCCCAGCCAGCGCCAGGCCCCUGGCCUGCCUGGAGGCAGCCGGCCUGCCUGCCCACCAGCUACCCGCCAGACUUCCUGUACGACUUGUACGCCGUCUGCAACCACCACGGCAGUCUGCAAGGUGGGCAUUACACAGCCUACUGCCGGAACUCUCUGGAUGGCCGGUGGUACAGUUACGAUGACAGCGCUGUGGAACCCCUUCGAGAAGAAGAGGUCAAUUCCAGAGGGGCUUACAUCCUGUUUUAUCAGAAACGGAACAGCAUCCCUCCCUGGUCAGCCAGCAGCUCCAUGAGGGGCUCCACCAGCUCCUCCUUGUCUGACCACUGGCUCAUGCGGCUCGGGAACAAUCAUGGCAGCACGGGGGGCAGCCUGUUGUCCUGGAGCUCUGCCCCCUGCCCCUCCCUGCCCCGGGUACCCGACCCUCCCAUCUUCACAAACAGCCUCUGCAAUCAGGAAAAGGGGGGACUGGAGUCCAAGCCUUUGGUACGGGGCAUACAAGGCAGAAGCAUCAGCAUGAAGGCGCCCACCCCCACCCGAGCCAAGCAGGGGCCCUUCAAGACGAUGCCCCUCCACUGGUCCUUUGGACACAGGGAGAAACCACCUGGUACAUCCAUUGAGUUGGUGGAAUACUUGGAGUCCAGACGAAGACCUCGAUCCACGAGCCAGUCCAUCGUGCAGCUGUUGACGGGCACUGCUGGUGGGGAUGAGAAGUCAAUGUUGCUGAGGUCAAAUGUCACCCUUUCUGCUAAAAGUGAAGAUAGUGGGCAAGCCAGAGAGAGAGGACCAGCCAGGUUGCCCUGUCCCUCGAUCCACCCUAACCACUGCCCAGCCCCUGGAAACUCAAAUGGUCUAAACACAGCAAGGAAACUAAAGGAAAAUGCAAGUCAGGAUAUCAGUCUUCCCAGAAAGUUUGACCUGCCCCUCACUGUGAUGCCCACCAUGGAGAAUGAGAAGCCAGCUCAACCGGAGGGCCAGAAGGCCACGAACUGGGCGGGGAGUGGUCAGGUGGGAAGCAAGAGCAGCCCACCCUCGCCUGCUGUGGGAUUGUCGCGAAGCUGUAGGGAGAGUUAGGAAAGGGACUCUAAGACAGACAGAGCCCCACAGGGGACAUUUACCCUUCUGAGGUCUAUGUUUUGGAAGAAGGAAAACAGGAAGACUGACAGGGUGGAGGUCUCCCCACAGGCGCCCGUGGUCUCCCUGGGGAGUGGCAGGCUGAGCCCCACUGUGGACCAGCAGGCCCGAGUCUCAUCUCCUUCCCUGAGGAUUCGACAGAGCCUGGCCAAGGGCCUGGGUGGCCGCCUUGAGAAGGACACCCGCUCAGCACCCAGCUCUCUGCUCCUGCCCCGCAAAGCUGGCAGGACCCCCAGAGGCAGCGGCCUUGGCACACCACAGAGGACUGUUCCGGGGGAGCAGACCUCUUAUGGCACCUUGCAAAGGGUGAAAUACCACACUCUUUCCCUAGGCCGAAAAAAAACCUUACCUGAGUCUAGCUUUUGA